CAAGCCACACGCGCGCAGCGCUCGUCGUCCUCUUAUCUUUUUCUCCUUGCACUCCCUCCUCUGCUGUUCCCCCGACCAAAUCCAUGGCCGCCAGUACUGCACUUGGUUUCCUCAGCCUCACACCGACUUCCAAAAUACCUCCUUUAAAACCCUUGAAGCCCACUCCUCUCCUCCUUCCUCUCGCCACCCACACCCUUAGUGCCACUCUACCCUCUUCUGCCGUCAGCAUCGCCAUAGCCGCGGCCGCCUCCGCGUCUGCUUUCUCACUACCUGAAUUUAUCAUCCCUCCGGAUGCACUUGCUGUUGGUGGGGAGUUCGGGAUACUCGAGGGGCGCUCGUUCGCGCUCAUACACCCGCUGGUGAUGGGCGGCCUUUUCUUUUACACUGUGUGGACUGGCUACUUGGGAUGGCAAUGGCGCCGUGUCCGAACCAUCCAGGAAGAGAUUAACGAGCUUAAAAAGCAGGUAAAGUCACCGGUACCAGCCGCCGUUGCCGCCGGUGGCGUUGAGUCCGGCAGCCAGGAGCCAGCACCACCGCCGCAGGCGGCGAUUUCUUCUGUUGAGAGGAAGAUAUCUCAGCUUUCUGAGGAGAGGAAGGAGUUGUUGAAAGGAGGGUUUAGAGAUCGACACUUUAAUGCUGGAUCAAUAUUGUUGGGGUUUGGAGUAUUCGAAUCCGUGGGCGGCGCAGUCAAUACGUGGUUCCGAACUGGGAAACUCUUUCCCGGACCUCACCUCUUUGCUGGCGCAG